AGAUCAUUGCGUUUGGAUGAUCAUUGGUGCGUAAAGAAAACAAGACCGCGAAGAUCCUGCAUCGCGAAUCGCACGAGUGAUUUAUUUCAGAGGUGACGUUGGUCUUGCCCGAGAAGAGAAUAUCAUUCACUGAUUCAGAGUUUCUCAGUGUUAAGUCUUUAGUGUUUUUAGAGCAUAACCUGUUCGAUUUAAUGUUGUCAGCAAAGAGGGAGUACACCUUCAUAACCUUGGAAUUCAACUCCUGUACCGUAUUGAACAUGGUGUAGGCUUCUGGUGUAGCACCCGUUGAUACACACGACAGCGUGCGCCAUGGGGAAUGCCUACCGUGUGAUGCUGCUGGUGUACGGCGUGGGUCUCAUGGCGGUGACCGCUAGUAAGGGUGGUGCUGGCCCUCCGAGACCCGUGGCACCGCUCAACGACCAGCACGAUUAUAUCUGCUCAUUAUUACCAAAUUGCACAACGUGGUGUUCUGACUGCGUAGACCGUGUGGCAAAUAAUCUCUUCGACUUUCUGGACACUUGCGAUGAGUGGAGAAACGCCCCAGCAAUGGGUUACCAAUAUGUGUAUCGCUGCCGUCCCAAUCAAUCUUCCUACGUGGCUUGUGUCUGCACCAAUGACGACAGCGAGUGUAGAAAGUGCGAACAUACGGAGGAGAAUAACCUGGUGUGUUUCUCCCAAGAGAACGGCGAUGUGCACAUCUGGCCUGGCAAUACUGAUUCAUCAAUGCUGCUUGAGGAUAUGUGCCCCACUUGCUCCUGCUCAACUAACAAGCCAACCACACCAAGGCCACCAACAACCCCCAUGCCAAUACCAACCAUUCAUUUUGAAGCGGGGAUCAAGCCAAAACCUAGUGAGAAGAGCCUGACAACAGACGCAGGCAACACGGAUGGGCCAGAUUUAGUCGUCAUUAUUGCAGCUGCGGUGGGCGGGGGCGCUCUUCUGAUUGCCGUCAUCGUGGGAUGCGUCUGCUAUCAGAAAAAAUGCCGGAAAAAGGACAACAAGAAUGGAAGGGAACAGGAGUAUGCUUACAUCGACACAGAAGAGAUGAGGACUCUCCGAAGCCAAGCAUCUAUGAUGACUAGUCAGCAGUUAGUCUCCAAUGAUGGAAUACGCCUGAGCUGUGGUCAUCGCAACGUCAACAAUGAGAUGUACGGGCUGAACGGCGUGGGUAACGGGUCUACCCUACCAGCACAGCCUCCAAAGUUGCCCGGGAACCACCCAUCACCAGCCAACCCACCCCCGGCACCGUACCAGGAGCUGAACAGGGGGCGAGUAAGGCCAGCCGAUUUGAAUGCGGCAGCGGCCGCAGCAGCAUGUGGACAGUGUCCACGCUGCGGUCAGAUGGCUGCCGAGAAGAGUGCCACUGCACCUCUCCUUGAUCGCCCCGCAACGGCCGCUGUUGAUGGUGCCACGAACCCCUACAUGGCCUUAAUCAAGACUAACACUUGCCCAACGCCCGGGACCCCGUCAGGAGAGCCCAUGUGUAGAUGCCAUGCCAGGCCGUUAAGCGAAUGCAGCAGUGUCACUGGGAGCGUUUUGUCCGAGCCACAGAGUAGUCAUGCAGGGGCGGUUGGUACGCUGGAUUCCACUGGCCAGGGUAGUGAUCAGAGGCCACUCAGUGGCACAUCGGACAUUCAGGAGAGUCCGUACUACUUCAAGGUCAGUGUACCUGGAGAUAAGAACGCUGCACUUUCUCCGAAGAGCGAGCAGUACUUCAAGCUGGAGGAUGCCGAGACUUUGCCCCUGGAUGGUAGACUCGAGGUCAGCCCGAUGUUGCCUGAAGCUGAUAACAAUGGGAACAAUGUUGCCUUGAAGCCGGACUUGAGUGAACAACCGCCUGUGGGCCAGGGAAAGGAUGGGUACAUGUCACUUCCGAACAAAAGCAGUGAGAAACUAGACGGUGUGCUGCCCUCUAGUGAUGUACGGGCACAGACUCUCGGUGGGACAGUCAGACCAGAGGCUGUCCCAGAGGAAGCUAGCCCGAUCGGCAAAGGUUCCAAAUUGGGAUCUGUGGAAGGUCUCCCGAACGGGGACUACAUGCAACUUAUUGAAGGGCAAAAGAGAAACGACAAGGUUUGUGGUGUGGCUUUAGAGAGCACGGUUUGAGAGCACAAAGUCUAAAUUGACUUUGGUCAGGAGUUCACAUCCUCCCUGAUAAUCAAACAGUGCUCAUUGACCAAUAAGCUCACUACUUUUUGUCAGGUGACCUCAGUAGCUCAGUCUAAAUUGGUUACAGGCAAUGUGGGAAAAGUACACAAUCCAAACUUAGGUGGAGCUAAUGGCCUAAUCCUGAAUGGUACAUGGCUUCUUUCCAUUCAAAGCCAUACCAGUACCUGUGGCCCUUCCGCAGUGAAAAAAUGAUGAGACUCAAAAGCUAUGUGUUGCGUGCUUAUGGACAAAUGCAUUUCAGAUGCAAUGGGUUUGUGUGCAUUCAACUGAAAUUUGGUGGUGUGCGCUCCACGCCAUGUGUGUACCUAAACCAGUAUGCACAUGCCAUGUGACCUUUACUGGUACACGAUUAGUAGACCAAGGAGUUUAUCUACAGUUCAUAUACAGUAAAUCCUUACUAAGUCAAACCUCAAGGGAACAGGUUCAAAAUUGACUCAAGCAGAGUUUUGAGUUAAGCAGGGUUGUAUAUCAUUGCUGUACUACUAAAGGCAAUGGAUUUCUUUGUUUGACUAAACAGUUGUUGUCAGUUAUCAGAGUUUGACUUAUCGAAAUUUCACUGUAUGGGGGUGAUGCCAGAAAUCUUGUACAUUGUAUGUUCCCAAAGGAACCGGGGUGAUAGUGGUGUUUGUUGGUAAAAAAAAGGUCAGGGUAAUAAAAUAUGUAAUUUUUUGUGGCAAGCAAAGUUGUAAAUAUGUCGGUGACUCGUUGUUCAUGAUGAAUAUGAUGUACAGUGUAGAAAACUUUGUUCAUGUUUUAGAUGAAGUUUGUGAACUGACAACUGUUUUCCAGUUGUCUGAAAUGUAGAUAAGAAAAAUUCCUACGUAGCAGAAAAUUGAUCUUUUUGGAUGCUCCCACUAAUAAAGGGCAAGUGUUGAAGCGAUAAACUUUGGGUCUUUAUGUUUUCACUCAAAACACAGGUUAAGAUACGUCAGAGAUAGUUUCCAUGAUGAGCCAUUGCCUGCAGUCGGAAAAGUAUCCUUAAAUACUCAGUGACAAUGGAGUUACUUUAAAAAAGUGAACAUGAUUCUGGAAGGCGAUUUUUCAGACUUUUGUCUGAAAUCAGACCUUUUUGAAUCUGAGAGAAAGACAUUAUUUGUAUAGAAAGGAAUGCACAUGAACAAAAAUGAGAAAUUGCUCUUGCCAAAACAAAGACUGUCUUGACUACCGAGUAGGUUGCUAAGCUUCAUGUAUUAGGUAAGAAAAUAUUCAAAUAGUCGAAGCUCGCCCGUGUAAUCUCUCUUCAACCAUACCUGUAAAGCCAAGGGCCCAUUACAUGUUGGUUUUGCAAUGCUGCUGUAAAUUAAUAUACACAUGCAAAUUCAAUAAAAAAUUCUUUCAAGGCAUUUCAUAUAGUAUUCACUCAGCAUUCGAGCAAUGUAUUACGAGAAUAAUGUAAGGGGCCAACCAUUUUUCCAUCAUUUUCACGAGCAUACAAAGAGUCCUUUUUUUCUGGACCCCUUCCCCCUCCUAGGGAAUGCCAACUGAAACGAAAAAAUGAUGAAUUCUCUGCUAUUUGGCAGGAAGAGUGUUAUAUUUUAAAGUUAUUUUGUGAAAAGCUUACAUGGCCCCCUUAAACCCCCUUCCCCAGCGUUCAGUUUGUAUGCUCAUGAAAAUGAUGAAAAUAUACAGUCGAGUUUCGUUAUAACAAACUCGUUCGGACCUAGCCAAAUUGUUUGUUAUAUCAGAAUUUUGUAUUAAGAGGAACAUCAGUCCCAUUCAUUGUGCACAUCAAUGCACAGUCGGGACCAAGGCUUUAUGUCUGUUAUAACCAGAAUUUUGUAUUAACAGAGUUUGUACUAACAAGAGUCGACUGUACACGGAUGGCCCCUAAGGCAGUUGUGGCAGGUCUCGGUUGUACAUAUGCAUAUUUUGUUUUGGUACAUGCCGUGUUGUAGUCACAUACCGGUACAUUCCCAUGAAUGCAAGUACUUUGCCAUGGGUACAAAUAUGAGUACGAGCAUUUUUCUUGUGAGUAUGAGUAUGAGUUCUACAGCAUUGCAUACAUGUAUCUUUGGGACUUUUAUGGUCUGAAUGUCAACAAUAGCUUUCAGUGAAGCGCUGUAUGAGUAGGUUACUGGCAAAAAAAACUUUGGUUACUUUGUAUAUUCUGCAUGUAGUGUACAUGUAUUCACUGUAGAAAUUCCCUUGAUUAGUCUAGCUGUAACUCUUUAGUAUUGCAAUAUAGAUAAAAGAUUGCCAUCUCUCUGUUGACAUGCAUAUAUUAUUGCAGUGAAAUUGUGGAAAAAUACUAACGCCUGUAAAGCCCGGUUCAUACUCGGCGCGAAAGCGAAUGCGAAUUUGUGACGACAUGACAAGUAUUCGCGCUGCGAAUUCGCAGUUGAACACAUUUCAACUCGGACGAAUUUCGCAGCAAAUUCAUGACGUCAACUUCGCUUCGCAUUCGCUUUCGCAUGAAGUAUGAACCGGGCUUAACUGGUGAAUUUAUGCCUUGUAAAUUGAAGCAUAUUUUAUUUUGUAAAUAGUUUAUGUAAAUACUGUAAUACCCUGAUAUAUGGACAUUAUCACCCAAUAUUAUUUUGUUUUAAUAGAUUUUGUAAUUUUGGGGUAAGCUUUGAAAUGAUUGAAUUGGUAAAAUUGAAAAUACUUUUUAUUUUAAUUUUGAUUUUAAAAUGCAUUUAUCUGUGCAGCAAAUUGUUCGACAUAAAUCAAUUUUUAAGCAGUGAAUCCUUUGCAAUUGGAAUAUUUCAAAUGAAUUUUUUAAGAACUUGUUUCUUUCACAUCAAAUGACAAGAAAUUAUCCUGAGAAAUACAUGAAUUUAUAACAAAAUAGUAUUUUAAUACACACCUUUAUUGAAAUGCAUGAAUGACAUGCAUGAUACAUGUACUUGAAAACAAAAUAAGUUAUUAAACUGAAAGAUAAGAAAUAUUAAAAGUGUAAAUAUCUGCCUUGUGAUAUCGUUCAUUCAGGUUGUGGCAUGCACAUGGCAUUUACGUUUUCACAGGUUUUUUUUUACGUAAUAUUGAUGUGGCUGGGAUUUUUAUUUUUUAAUAUAAUCUCGUUUUGUUUUAUUUUGAAGGAAUUCAGGUAUGGGUAUAAACAAUAUGGUAUUGUAGUGUGCAACACAAAAGUGCUGUUUUAUUUAUUAAAAAAAAGGAGAUGAGUCAAGUAAAGCUGCUUCUCAAGCAGUGUGGAUGUCCAGUGUAGAUGCAGUAAUCAGACAGAAUGGUUUAUUUUGUCUCGAAAAUGACUUUUUCCUUGCUCGAUAAGGUUAAGCUUCCUGUUCUUGCAUUUUAAGGAUAAAGGCAUUAGUGUGAAUGUUCAUUGUUAAAGUUUUGUUAUUAAAAAAAAAUGUAUAUACAUCAAGCUUAUGUAUUUUAAAACCUGUGUUUACCUAUAUUAAAAAAAAAAAUGAUGAAAAUCUUAAAAUCAAUCUAAAUAUGUUUUAACAAAAAAAGUUUCUUUAGAAAGGGCACAAACAAAAUUCUCAUUUGGGCAACUUGAUGUAUUAUGAAUGUGUCUUGUUUAAAGGAAAAAAAUAUAUAUUUCUGCUCUGCUGUUUUGCAUGACAUUCAUGAAAGUACAAAUUGUUCAGUAAUAAAAAAAAAAUUAAAGUUUCACUUGAA